AAGAUGCAGUCCGUGGUGUGGUUUGCUGUGGUGUUGGUUGCCGGGGUCUCAGCUGUGACUCCAGCAGCUGGUCCUCAAGUGUCACCUUGGAUUGACACUUCUUUGUGCGACCUCGCCGACUCCCUGUUGGUGUGCCAGCUGAAGAAGGGCCAGUGCUUCCCCGUGAACACUGUGUUCUCUCCCAAGGGCGGCCCCGUCAAGGCCAUCACCGACUGCGCCAACACCACCGGCGUCGCCCUCGGCCCGCAGUUCUACCUUAACAUCGCUUCUUUGUGCGACCUCGCCGACUCCCUGUUGGUGUGCCAGCUGAAGAAGGGCCAGUGCUUCCCCGUGAACACUGUGUUCUCUCCCAAGGGCGGCCCCGUCAAGGCCAUCACCGACUGCGCCAACACCACCGGCGUCGCCCUCGGCCCGCAGUUCUACCUUAACAUCGGCCUGGCGUUCGUGUCGGGCAGCCCUGAGAGCUUAGCCGACAAGACCUCCUCGGACCCGAACACCGUCAUCGCCAUCCGCCGCUGCGCCCUCAACGCCACGGGUCUGCUGAACGCCGACAUGAUGACCCUGAACCGCACCGCCGUCGCCGCCUCCCUCUCCUCCGCCUUCCGCACCCCCGCCCUGGGCGCCGCCGUCGCCUCCGCCAUUACCUCGUGCCCUGAACCCGUCGACUACAAGAUCACCGACUUCAUUACCUGCCUCAGGAGCGCCUGCAUGGACAAAGUUUCCGCCGCGUCGCUCAUGAAGAUGGCAACGACGAUGGUGAAGACCAUGACGGCUGCUCCUCCCACUGGGGCUCCUGCUUCAGCCUAGGUGUUCCUCUGGGGCGUCCUUAUCCCUCGAAAUAUCAACUGCCCUCUCCCGUCGUCUAUAUAACCUUAUACUUAUCUGUUUAUCUGUCUAACCACGUUCCUCUAAGAGACAAACGUCCUCGGGGCUGUCUCACAGUUAUGAAUAGUAACCCACGAAUGUUAGUUAAGGAAAGUUUUGGGUGCUGCCCCUGCAAAGCUCAGUCUGAGGGUGGCGGGCGUAGACGUCUUCCCAGGAGGUCGAUUCCACGUCGCAGUCAAUGAAAAACGAAGUAUUCUGUUCGAUAAUACCACGAGAAAUCGAUAGCCGAUGUCAAUGGAAAAUAUAGCAAUUCCGUAAAAAAAAAA